CGCAACUGUCGCUCCCUUCACCUUCUCGCCACUUUUACGACUCCAAAUGAUCGCUGAAGAAUAAGCCGACUCAUACGAAUCAGCAAUACUCGACUCUCUCCCCUCGAACCACCACAUUACCCGCGACCGUCCGUACCUGCUCCCUCAUUCUACCGGAUCCGCUGAUUGCCGGCAUCCCCCAAGCGAAGGAAGGGGUCCUCGACCGAACAACCUUACCGGCCCUCUACUCCCACAACAACUCCCACCGUCCUAAACCAACAACAGAAACAACCACAACAACCACAACACCUCCACACAGCCAUGAAGUUCAUACCCCCAUUACUGGGGGCCCUCACGGUGUUCGCGCCCGCCGUCGCGGCGCUCAACAUCCUCCGCUCGACGUCGCUGGCACCAUGCAUGGAUCGCUCGGGCUUCUCAGCCACGCUCUUCAACGUCUCGUUCACGCCCGACGACGGCCAGCUCAAAAUCCAGAUCAAGGGCGGCUCGACCAUCAUCGGCGACAUGCUGGCGAAGGUGACGGUGCUCGCAUACGGAUUUCCCGUCAUGUCGCAGGAGCUCGAUCCGUGCUCGACCGACGGCCUGCGCGCCAUGUGUCCGAUGACUCUGCUGCCGCUCGACCUCAACUUUCAGCAGACCGUCGAGAAGGCGACUGUCGAUCAGAUUCCUGUGAUCGCCUACAAGAUUCCCGACCUCGACGGCAUAGCGCGGAUGGAAGUUGUCGAGCGCGCGAGCGGCAAAGUGGUAGCAUGCGUUGAAGCGCCGCUAUCGAACGGACAGACGGUCGAGCAAGCGGGCGUCGGCUGGGCUUCCGCCUUGAUCUCGGGUCUCGGUCUGCUCUCGUCCGCAGUCGUCUCGGGAAUGGGCUACUCGUCCACCGCCGCCCACAUCGCCGCCAACGCGCUAUCCAUCUUCGGCUACUUCCAGGCCCAGGCCAUGAUCGCCAUGAUGGCCGUGCCCCUCCCCCCGCUCGCCGCCGCCUGGGUGCAGAACUACGACUGGGCCGUCGGCAUCAUCAACAUCAACUUCAUGCAGCGGAUCUUUCACUGGUACGUCCAGGCCACCAAGGGCAAGCCGGCGAAUCUGUUUAGACAGCAGGAGUCGGUCUCGGUGCAGAUCGCGAAGCGCUCGCUCGAGGCAUCGAAAUACCUCACGAGCCGUGCCGCCGCCUACGGAUUCGCCGAGGUCGAGAGCAGAAGUAAUAUCGUCGCGCGGAGUAACAACGAUGCGCUCGCCGAGACGACGGAGGUCGUCCGUGUCACCGGUAUAGAACGCAUGAGCUACAAGGCCACCAUCGAGAGCACAAACUUUUUCUUGACGGGAAUGAGCUUCUUUGUCGCGUUCUGCGUGUUGGUCGUGUUGCUCGUCGGAGGCUUCAGACUGCUGUGUGCUACCGGCCUCGUCAAGAAUGAUCGGUUCCGCGAGUUCAGGUUGAAGUGGCUCGUCGUGCUCAAGGGCAUCAUGUACCGUGUCGUCCUGAUUGGGUUCCCUCAGAUGGCCCUCCUCAGUCUCUGGGAACUUACCCAUCGGGAUUCACCCGCUGUCGUCGUGCUGGCCGUCUUCUUCUUCCUCUUCAUGGCUGGCACGCUCGGCUGGGCCUGCUACAAGAUCCUCACGAUCGGCAAACACUCGUCGGUCCUCGAUCCCACGCUCGGCCCCGCCUACACGCUCUACUCGGACCCUGCCGCCCUCAACCGCUGGGGCUACCUCUACGUCCAAUUCCGCACCGAGCGCUACUACCACAUCGUGCCUCUGCUGCUCUACAUCAUGUCCAAAGCCAUCGUCAUCGCGUUCGCGCAAGACGCCGGCGUCGCCCAAUCACUGAUCAUCCUAGUCAUCGAACUCGUCUACCUCAUCGUCGUGUGCUACCUGCGCCCUUUCCUCGACCGGCGCACCAACAUCGUCAACAUCGGCAUCGCAUCGAUCAACUUCCUGAACAGCAUCUUGGUCAUGGUCUUCUCGGGCGUAACAAAAGCCCCGGACAUGGUCCCCGGGAUCAUGGGCGUGAUCUUCUUCAUCAUGAACGCGGUGUUCGCACUCGUGCUUUUAGUGCUCCUCCUCGUCGCAGUCGGUUUCGCCCUCUUUUCGAAAAACCCAGAGGCCCGCUACCGCGGCGCAAACGCCCUCCCCCAGGACGAGAAGAAGUCGCCGCGCGACCUCGACGCGGAUCCCACACUCCCACCAUCCCACGGCGCGCACUCGCACCAGCAGCAGCAGCAGCAGGCACACUCACUCCACGACCUUUCCCUCCGCGGCGACCGUGGCGAUCGCGAUAUCGAUGCAGAGUCCGAGCGCGCAGUCGGCAUAGACAGGGGCAUGAGCAUUCGCGAGCAGCGCAGUCCGCAGCCGGUAUGGUCGGAGGGGGGGAGGUCGGCCGCUUUUGAUGCCCCCACCAACCAGGGCCAGGGUGCGAUGGGGCAGGGUACGAGAAGGGGCAGUCCGAGUGUCGUCAGCGCGUUGAGUGAAAGACCGAGUAUGCAGAGCUCAAGGGGGAGCAGGAGGACGGGUACCAUGACGACUACGGCGACGGGAGGGACGGGGAGAGAGGGGAGGGAUGGGAGAGAGGGAAGGGUCGAGAGCGUCUUUGCGCCGCCGAGCGCGGCGAUGUAUGACGACCGUGAGCGGGGGGCGCAGGGGCAGGGGCACGGGCAGAGGCAGGAUUGGAAUAGGGGCGCUGGGUUUGAGUGAAGGGGGUGUUGGGAUGCCGUUUUUUCUACUUCUGCGCGCUACUACUUACAAUGUUCAAUGUUCAAUGUCCAUUCUCUUCGAAGUUUAAGGUUCAGACUUUUCAGGCUUUUUGAUGUUUUUCUUCUCUGCUGCGUGUUUUUGGGUCGGCCGGUCGGUCGGUCGGUUCUGUACCUACA